AUGUCCUCUCGUGCAGUCGAAGCAUCCCGCGCCGUGCUCUCCUCCAUCGACUUGUCCAACUAUGACCCGGAGCAAAUGAGGUUGAUGGACGAGCGAUGCAUCCUGGUCGAUGAGCAGGAUCGCGCUCUCGGUGCAGCGGACAAGAAGACCUGCCAUCUGAUGGAAAACAUCAACAAGGGCCUCUUGCACCGUGCUUUCUCCGCGUUCGUCUUCAGGCCUGACGAUGGCAAGCUACUGCUGCAGCAGCGGGCGACGGAGAAGAUCACCUUCCCGGAUAUGUGGACCAACACGUGCUGCUCGCACCCGCUGGACGACUUCGAGGAGGAGAAGGUGGAGAAGGACCAGCUCGGCGUGAGGGUCGCCGCUGUGCGCAAGCUCGAGCACGAGCUGGGGAUCCCGCGGGAGCAGACCCCUGUCGACCAGUUCCAAUACCUCACACGGAUACAUUACCUAGCUCCGUCGAGCGGUAUAUGGGGAGAGCAUGAGGUUGACUACAUUCUCUUCAUCACCGCCAACGUCACUGUCACGCCGAACCUCAACGAGAUCCGCGACCACAAGUACGUCGACAAGGCGGAGCUGCAGGCGAUGUUCAACGACCCAGCAAACACCUUCACGCCAUGGUUCAAGCUCAUUGCGCGCGACUUCCUCUUCGGCUGGUGGGACGAGCUGCUCGCGCGUCGGGGAAGCGACGGUCUCGUCAACGCGAAAAGCUUGAAGGGCAUCGUGGACGGCAGCAAGGUCGUAAGCAUGGUCUAG